GAACACUGCCCCGGAUUGUAUCGCUGCACUUAUAGCUACAAAGAUUUUUAAUCUUAAUUCUGGCUCUUAGCCUGCCAUGCAUGGAUUGUUUCCACAAUGGAACCGUUCGUUUCCGUAGCAUAACAGAUUGCCUCCACAACUAAACGGAUUUACACCCAAUAAUUAAGUCAUCUCGUUUGAGGAAGCAUGAUUUUCCGACCUUGUACUCCAAACAAAAAUAUAACUGAAUCUGGGCAUGCCUUCUAACGCCAGGAUGUAAGAGUGUUACAAAGUAUAGGAGGACCGUACAUCGUAACGGAUGAUAGUGGAAGGGGUUGUCUUCUCAUGUGCAGGUUAUUUGCCUUGUCCUCAUCUAGGAAAACUAUAGUACCCUUGUAUAAUCUGUAAGCAGAGAUGACUGAACACCAAGCUGCCAGUAUUUCCAAACCCAGCUGCAACAUGGUGGAAGAACCCAAGGAUCUCACAUUGAAGACUGCUGUUAAUAAAAAAUUGAGGCCAAUCCCUCCGCCGCUGAACCUGUCUCAGAGUAGUACAUCAGAUGUUCCUUCACCAGCCUCGGCAAAUUUAGCUAGUCCAAAAAAUUCAUUUGCUCAAAAAAGCUUGCCAUUUCGAAAAAGAGCUCACAGCACAUCUGAUUCUCCUCCUCAAUCUCAAGCGCAACCUCCACAAGUAAAGCUUCAGAAUGUGCUGACACCAUCAUGGACUAUUCCUGCAUCAUUCCAAACCCUAUUUGAGUCCACUCCAAGCCCCAUGGACUUUCGUCUGCAAGAUGUUGUUCCGUACCCAAACUUUGAUCAGCGCCUAGCUCUCUCAACUUCAGUUCUUUUGAGUCCUGCCCCAUCUUCCGUCGGGAGCAGUAGGGAAGAGUUGCUCCUUGAAUCAGUGCGAGUUCCUUCAUUGUCUCAUUACUAUCCACAGCAGAUCUUCCCCGUUUGGCAUUGCUUCAUCUCAGGUACGAAAAUCAAGCUGCCAGCCAAAGCAGGAGAAAGCAAUUUGAACAAUGAUGACUGGCGCCUAGUUGAUGACUUACCGCACUCCAAACUGCGACCAGACUGGCCUGGGAAACUCACUGUCGAACAGAUCUUCAUUAUCAAGAAUGACUGGAAAAAGGUUGAGGAUGGUUGGAAGAAGGUUGAAGAAGGAUCAACGUUUGACUUCCGAAUUAAGUUCAGUUGCCCUGAUGGUGAACUUGAAGCUCUCUGUCUCGGAUCUCAGAUGUUCUUCACGACUGACAAUAUAUGGUGCUGUUUAAGUGUAGACAGGUUGCGUGGCAAUAGUCGAUUGCUCCAGGUAGGCGACAUCUGUUUGCCGCCAUCUAUGAUACAACCAGCUCAACUUCUCCUAUCCUCUCUGGAUGUUAGUGAGCGUUUGUACUUUCCAUUUGUUCCUGCCUCACCAGAUAUAUGUGAUCGAAUGCAACGUUUCAGCUUUCCAAACUGUGCGGACGAGCCAUUGCCGAUGCUUUCUCCUCCCACUACACCAACGAGAGGAACCCAAGCAGUUCCUGACAAAGCGAAGAGACCGAUGAACGCUUUCAUGCUGUUUGCCAAACGCUAUCGUUUAGAACUAAUUCAGUCAAAUCCUAGCAAAGAUAACAGAGCAAUCAGUGUUCUUUUGGGUGAGGCCUGGCGGCAACUACCACAAGCAGAAAAGGAUGUUUAUAUCAAUGAAGCGAGAUCUUUGGCUCAUCACCAGAAACUGCUUCAUCCGGAUUGCUGGAAGCGAAAAAGAUCUCAUUCCACGAGUUGAUGAGGUUCCUAUGGUGAAGCUCGUCAAGAUGAAUUUAGACAGAAUAAGCCAAGCACAAUACAAGCGAACAUCAGUCGAAGUUCUUGGAAUCAACAAGCAGUUUCCCUCUAUUUUUCUCAGUAUUUUACUAUUUUCUAUCUCUGAUCAUCUGCGAAUUUUAUUGUGCCUUAUGUUUAUUUUUUUAUAAUAUUAUUAAUUAUUUUAUCAUGAGAUAAUUGACAUUUUAUUUUUACUGUACAUGUUCAAUUUAGAUUUGUUGAAUUUUUACUAUUAUCAACUCUAUUUUUAGCGACUCUCGACAGUCUUUUUCCGAUUUUUUAUUUUAUAUGGUGCUCAUCAUCAAUUGGUUUGCUUCAAAAUCAGGUGCGAGGGAUUGCCCUUCAAUUUCUCAAAUUAAAUUGGGAAGUAGAUUUGGUCUCGGACGAAUUUUUUGCUUCCUAAACACUGCGGCAGGCAACCUGUUAAAAAAUUGAAACACUAAUGCAGUCUAUCCACUCAGUUAUGGCAUCUCAUGAAAAAUGAAGCUGAUACAUUGUAACAUGACCCAAGAAAAUAUACUUCAAAGAUUUAUUAAUGCUUGAUACCACAAUUUAUGAAGAAUCAUCGAGUCUUUCGGGUACUUAUUUUCAGGGUUUUUCAAAAUCUUCAUUUACAAUGAUAACCUACAGCUCAAUUCUUACUGAUCAUGAUUUUUAGUAAGUGACCUAUAGUUAGCCUAUGUUUCAGUCAUGUGUUGAUGUAUCUACUGAACAAAGCUGUAUUCUUUUUCCCAAGCUGAAAUAUUUUUUUGUGAUGCCAGUUUUGGUGCAUCUGCAUUAACGCCAACUUCAGUCCAUAUUUAGCUCGGAUUUGGAAGGUUCCUUCGAGAAUUUUAUAGUGCCAUUAUUUGAAAUGAAAUCUCUGAAAAAAUUAUCAAGGCCAUUAUGUUUUAUUUUAUUUUAUUUUAUUUUUUUUUUUUUUUUUUUUUUUUUUUUUUUUUUUUUUUUAGGAUAAUCAAGAAAACAUUUAAACUCAAAGACCUGUUUAAACUACUCAUAGAAUUUGUAUCGAUUUCAGAAAACCACUCAUGACUGUAUGAUGUGAUAUCCAUACUUGACCGUCCAUAGGAGAAGGAACGUAAUAGUAAAAAGCUCUGUAAUUGAGGUACUACUAUGUCAGGGAUAAAUGCUCUUUGCUAAGUAAUAAUGGAACAUUUGGCAUUAGUAGAUCGUUCAGAAAGACAUCCUAAUCAUGAAGGCAAUCAUAAUCUACCUUCAAAGAGAACUGAUAAUUGCUGGCUCAGAUUAACAAUAUGGGGAGAAAACUGUGUGUAUAGAAAAAAGUUACAAGGAAGGUUUUGAAUGAGGCUUGAAAAUUUUUCGUAAAGUGCUUCAUUUUUUUUUAUUCUUGAGGAUGCAUGACCAUGUCAAGAUGUUGAACCUAAUUAAAGUUUCAACAGUUUGAAGUUAGCAUUUUUGUGUUUAAUAGCGUGCAGUUUGAAGGGAAAGCUGUACAAUGUCACAACUUUAUUCUUCAGGACACUAGAAAGCACUUUCCACAGAUACCUUGGGAAUUCUCAACUCAAGUUAAAGAAAUUUGCUCUGCUGAAAAACUGGCUUCCAUGCCUCAAUAACUCCCUUUCCUUUGGGCGGUCCACACAUCAUGCGUUGACUACGAUUUAAAGCUUGCAUGUCCCAUUAAUGACCAAAAUUUGAAUUUUUGUUUUUAUUUGAUUAAGAAGUGCCCCCCUUCCCAGGUCAUCAUGCAGGUUUACACUGGGCAGUUACUUUGUAGGCCCAGCGCUUUGUUCUGCAAUAUUUUUACGAGUGGAAUCAUAUUUCACAUCUUAAUUUGUUUCGGAUAUCUUUAUGUAUACGUUAAUGUGUGUAGAGUCAAUGACCUUGGUUGUCCCAGAUACCUGAAAUCGGAGAAUGAGACGGAUCUUGGUAAAAUCUUUUUUGAAUGAACAUCUUCAGGUCUUAUUAUUGUUCUAAUGCAUUUGUCUUUUUGCUUAAAAUUCUACUUAGCUGAUGAUGGAUGAUAUGUAUGAAAAUACAUAUAUGUGAUACGAAAAGUUGGAAAGAAUCCUAAACACAGCGCUGUCAAAAACCUUUACUCAUGCAUGACAAUGUAUGUUUUUUUCCUCCAUUCGCUGAUUUUUUAUUUUAGAUUAAGAUGAGAAAGAGACCUAGGAGAAACUUCAAGUAGGGUUUUAAAGUUUUCCCACUACUCUUCUCAAAUUUUUAAUUUUUUAUUAUUUCGGAUAUUUAAAAGAAUGAUCCACACAAUGAAUCAUAGACAAGGUAUGAAUUAAAUCACUGCGCUGUAUAUUUUCUUCUUCUCAAAAUUUCACAAGGAAA